AUGGAGUUGCAUCGCGGGGAGGGGUCCGCGGAAAUCUCGUCAGGUCGUUUCCAGGCGCCUCCCCUCGGCGUGCCGUGCUCGCGGCCCGUCUCGGUAUCGGACGUUCUGGCAGACGGCGGCCGGCUGUUCUUGCAUUCGUCCAGAGGCGUCAUGGGAGCCUCGAUAUUACCGCAGAAGCGGCUGCUUGCCGGCCCGAAACAGAACGGAUGGUUUUCCGUUUCUGACGCGUCCGGAGCGACUCUGUCCUUCUCGGGAGCGUCUGCUCGGAGCGACUCAGCUUUUUCCAGUCGCAGCCGCAACGGCGGCGUUAACGGGACGGCUAACGGAACGCAUAGCGGAGUGCAUUCGGGGGAUCUCGCAGCAGCGGCGACGGCGUUAGGUUUACAGCCGGUGGUUCUUUCGUGCAGCCGCAGCGCCGCCGAGCGAGCGAAUCGCCUGGCAUUCCAGACGAGUGCUUCCGAUAGAGGGUCUGAUUCGUUCAAAGAACCCGACUCGUUAAAAGGACCCGACUCGUUUCGCUGUAGCGUUCGUCCUGGUGAGGAGUCCUCCAGCCUUCAGAGCAUCCGUCAAGAUUCGACGGUGAAGGAUGCACCGCCGAGUCUGGGGUUCUCUAGUCGCUUGCUCUCGCCUUCUCGCCACCGGCAGCGGUCGCAGAGAAAGCAUGGCGAGGCGGUAGCGCAGGCAGGAGGUAGAGACGUGAGCAUCGGAGACGCGUCGAAGAGCGACGACGGACGGAAGGACGCGCGCAGUCGCAGCCCGCAUGUUCAUGGCAGGGUGUCGCACAAGGAGUCGGAUAAAGUUUCGCAGGAGUCGUACAAGGAUUUGCACGGGCAUUCGCACAGGGAGUCUCAUGUCACGCAUCAGGAGCGAGAAUUGCAGGGCGCGGAGUUAGUAGAGAGUACAAAGCCGCAUUCUGACGUUAACCGUUGUGAGUCAGAGCAGCGAAAGGCGAUAGACGGGGAUAACUCGUUUCCGCGAGGGCAGCGAUUCCAGCAGCAGCAAUGUGACGGGCGAUUACCCGCAGAGGACGCAGGGACAGGGGACACGGGUAUGGGGACUGGUGAAGGUGCCAAGGGCGAGCGUGGGAGUUGUCUGUCGUUAUCUGUUGCAGAUCUGAAGGCCAAAGCAAGCCAGGGGAAGACUCGAGGUUAUCAGGCUUCUGGAGCCUCGUCUGAGCAGCAGUUGAUUGGUAACGCAGGGACAGCAGCAGAGCGGAUAUCCUUUCACAGCAGCUUAUUACCUGACCCCACGGCGGCAGAAAACUCUCCAGCGGCAGCAGUGGUUCACGAGCUGGUCUUCAAAGCGAAAUCAAUCACACCAUCAGAUCAAUUACUCGCCGAUAACGACAUUUCCAGGCGAACAGGGUUACCACUGGUCAGUCAUGCGCUGAUGGACUGCGGGAAUUUUCUCUACCCUCCGUUCAAGAAGGCUCGAGCCACCAGGGAACCCAAGUUUCGCAAGCCCAACGUGAGCCGACUACAAGGCCUGGCCGAACCUCCGUGCUGCACAGGCUCGGAACCGAACCUGUCGUUGAGCCUGUCCUUGCAAGACCGCAAUACCGAGCGUGAAUCGCCACCCGCCCCGCUGUCUGUGACCACGCCUCGCGCUGAUAAGCACAAUGGCUUAUCAGGGGAGAGUCAGCCCGCCCGUCCCAGCACGCCCAUUCCCCCCGCUACUCCGUCCUUCUCGCUUCUGGAAGGCCCUCUGUCGUUUUCUCCGAUCACGCCGGAGGGGGAACUCUCGCUUGACGAUUCCGCGACUGCCGCCCGCCUUCGAGCCGUCUCAGCCGCUCGGGCAGCCGUAGAAGCACGCGCAUUCGCCGUCAGAAAAGCGCGAGCGGCUUUACGGGCAGCUGCGAAGGCGAAGGAGGCGGUAGCGGCGGUGAUUCACGCGGAGAAGCACGAACGGGCAGCAGGAGAGGAAGCGAGCCAUAGCUGCCCAGUCAACGGUGUAAAUGGGUAUCUGGGGGCUGAUGCUGUGGGGACGGGCGAUUUAGUGGCGGGAGGGGAGCUGGACGGUACAGACGUGUCCAGGAACGGUGCAGUGCGGUUUUCUUCGAGGUGGCGGCAGGCCUUGUCGGAGCUAGAGGCGCGCUGUGAAUGGCUUCUAACGCGUACAGGAGCAGCAGCUGCUGAUAGCGAGACAGGCGGGAGAGCCGUGACGGCAGGUGCAAAGCCCGAGGAGUGCGAGCAAGGGGAAGAGCGGGGAGUUGGUGAGACUGCUACGGGUUUCAGGGGGAGAGGCGAGAGUGGGGGGAGUGGUGGCUCUGAGAUUCCGCUCGGGCUCAAUCCGUCUGCAGGAAAGAGCGGGGGCUUUGAGAUUCCGCAGGGCGCUCAUAACACGCUGGACCUCCACCUGAGUAGACCUGACGUCGCUGAUUCUGCCCUAGCGCUGGCAGUCAAGGAAGAGGAGACGACCCGUGGGGAGAAGGAAAGGGGGUUGGCUUCACGAGAACGGUGCUUGGCGUGGGGUGAUGAGACGGCAGAGGGGAAUGAGGCGGGGGUGCAAAGCGGCGAGGUACGGCGGUGUGUGUCCGUGGACCUGGUGAUGGGCCUGGGCCGCUCGUCUCAGGGGCAAGACGGCAGUGACGGGUGUUACGUGGGUGGUGCUGAUGGGAGAGAGGGAGCCGGGCAGGCUGCAAGAGAGAAAGGAAGGGUAGAGAGACGGAAGGGGCGGCGGGAAGCGGAGGAAGAGGAAGAGGAGCAGGAGGAGGAGGAGGAGCAGGAAGAGGAGGAGGGAGCGGUUGAGAUGGAGGAGCUGCAUCUGCCGCCUGUUUCACGGGAGAGUGAAGAGUACAAGCAGCCACGACCGCCGCCGCUGCCAUUUGGUGCAGCGCACUGCAAGCUCGGUGACGCCGAGCACCGCAAGCCGGAUGAGGGUGAACGUGAACAUGGCAAGCAGUGGCAUUCCAAGGCUGGGAGUGGCAGCAGCCAGGGGCGCAGCCGCGGAUUCAGCCCGCGUGACCGCCCAGAUGGGCUGGCAGGCGCGGCGGUGGCUGUUGAGUCGACUCAAGCUUCAGAUGCGAGGGUUUCAAUCAAGGCAGGUUGCGAGAGGCGAGGGCAGCACGGGUGUGGCGACUUGGGGGAGCAGCGCGAGGGUUACGCGUCAGCAGUAGCGUGCAGUGGGGACGAGACGCGACAGCUGAUGCCCCGCCACGGGGGCUUCUGCAAUGCUGCCGCUAACAGCGGUUUUCCGUCCGCAGAUGGCAAUGCUGCUUCAGCAGGUGGCAAUUCUGUGUCAGCAGGUGGCAAUGCUGUGUCAGCUAAUACCGCAGAUGUAUCGAGCAUUCAUGCAGGAGCCAGCGUCCCCGCGACGGCUUGCAACCACCAUGCCACUGCGUGCUGUUCUGACCCGGGUGUGGUUGGGGACGGUGAUGAGGAGAAGAGCGUGCGAGAAGUGAGGCAGGAGGGCGGUCAGGCGUGUGGCGAGGGGUCGGCAGCAACGGGUGGGGAGAGGGAUGCUGAGAAGUGCGCAGGACGGAAUGGUGGUGGUGGUGGUGGUGCUGUCAUUGUCACUGAUGCUGGUGAUGCAGGUGGUGGGAGGAAGGCACAGGCGACCGAGUUUUGUGGGGAUGAGGGUGGACAGGGCGUUGGAGGGCACAACAUCGGGAUCGUGGGCGUGGGGCGACGCACAGGGGCAGUGGCCUGUGCAUCAGCGGGUGCGGCCGGAGGUGUGGGCGGAGGGACUGUAGUAGGAGAGGAGAAGGAGAUUGCUGCUGCUGCCGCCGCUGUUGCUGCUGCUGCUGCUGCUGCUGCUGCCCCGCCUGCUGCCGCUGUCGCCCCUGCAGCUGCUGCUGUUGCCCCUUCUGCUGCUGCUGCGUCGCCAGGCAGUGCGGCAGCAGCGGGCGCGGGCACUCCGCGACAGCGCUGCCCGUCAGACGACGAGAGGCUGGCGCGGCAGCUGCACCGCGCCUUCAACAGCUCCCCGCGCAUCCUCGCCGUCCUCGCGCCCACGCCCAAACGCUCCCGCAACCCCCGCCACCCCGCUGCACCCGCUGCCGCGCCCGCUGCUGCGCCUGCUUCUGCGCCUGCUGUGGCUAAUCCUGCGCCUGUUGCUCUUGGGGUGUCUGGGAAGACAGGACGGGGGAGUGCGGGGGAGGCGAAGGGGAGAGGAGAGGCUGCGGGGAAAGCAGAGGUAUGGGGGAAGGUGGCAGUAAGGAGAGAUGGGGCGGCGAAGGUAGGAGAGGGCAGCGAUAAGGAUGGGAAGGCUGCUGGAAAUGUGGAUAGGGCCCAAGUUAAGGAGGACCGUGAGGUUGAAGGUGUGGGUUCUGGUGUUGCUGGUGCUGCUGGUGUUAUUGGUGUUGUUAUCGGUGGUGGUGGUGUUGGUAAUGCUGAUAGGUGUAAAGCUCCGCCGAGUGACACUCCAACUGGCGGACCCACCCCUGUGGCUGCUUCUGCUGCUGCAGCUUCUCGUGCUCCGCCUCUCCCGCCCCUUCCUUCUCUUCUUCCUUCCCCCCCUCCUCCUGCCGCUGCCGCGGGCUCAUCCUGCACUCCCCCGUCUCACUUGCCGCCCCCAUCAUCUGCCGAGGCCCCCCUCCCGCCCUGCGCCACUCCCCCUGCCGCUCCACCCUGCGCCACUCCCCCUGCCGCUCCGCCCUGCGCCACUCCCCCUGCCUCUCCGCCCUGCCCCACUCCCCCUGUCGGCCCCUCUUGCACCAAACCCCGCCCCAUUUCCCUCGCCUUCCUUGAUGUAGCCCACUUACCCCGCGCAGGUGACGUCAGCCCUAAGAAAGAUCUCUGUCCCAAGUUGGCUGUUGCUGAGACUGAGGCAGGCAGAGGGGCGGCAAAACAGGAGAAUGGGGAGAAGGCUGGAGCGGGCCGCGGGCAGACGAACGGGCAGAUGGACGGGCAGGCUGGCGGGCGGGUAGAUGGGCAGGCGAUUAGGGUUUCGGAUGUGACCCCGGGGGAUGGUGGGACGGGAGGUGGUGGGAGUGGGGGGUUAGUAUUGAAUGGUCGGGGCGCGGAAGAGGGCCGUGUGCGGAAGCGAGGGGGUGGGGGGGGAGGAGGGUCAGGGGGAGGUGGCGCAGGGGGAUGGGGGGGUGGCGGAAGCUGUGGAGGGGGUAAGGCGGGUAGUAAUGGGAGGGGAGGGGCAGCAGGCGGAGGGGGUGGGGGUGGGAAUGGGGCGGGGGGCGGUGCAGGGGGGGGCACUGGUGGUGCCGGGGAUGGCGGAAGAGAGGGCGGCGGAGGGGGAGGGGGAGGGAGUGGAGGGAGGGCGGGGGAUGUUGCUAGUGAGGAGGAAGAGGAGGAGGACAGAGGGCGGAAGGGAGGGAGGAAGGCGGGCAACGGCAAGAGGUGUGAGAGGAGAGGCAGCACCAGAGAGACUAGUGGGAAUGGGAGGAAUGGGAAUGUUGGCAGCAGCAGCAGCGAUGAUAGCUUGAGUAACCGUGAGGAGGACGAGGGGGAGGAAGAUGAGGAGGAGGAGGAGGAUGAUGGAGAAAUGGACGGUUCAGAUGAUGAGAGCAGCCCCAGGCGCAGCAGCAUCGCCAGCAGUCGCGACGGCAGCAGCAAUGGCAGCAGCGGGAGCAGCGACAGGGAAGGGGAGGAGGAGGAAGAGGAGGGAGAGGAUGAGGAGGAAGACGAGGAGGAAGAGGAAGAGGAGGAAGAUGAGGAGGAGGAGGAGAAGGAAGGUGUGGAGCAGAAGGCGCAGAGGAAGCAGCGAAGGAGCUUGAGCGGGGCUCGAAGUGCGCAGGGUGGCAGGCGAGGCUCGUGGGGGCGGUGGGACGAGAACGGCGGGAAGGGCAGCCGCGACAAAGGCAGCGGAGGUUCGGCCCCUAGCGGCAGGGGGGAAAGGGAGAGGGAGAGGGAGAGAGAAAGGGAGAAGGAGACGGAGCGGGAGGGGAGUCCGGACGUGGGGGGUGGGGGGGCGUGGGCGAGUGAGGCGGGUCAGGAGGGUGGCGGAGCCAAAGCAGGUUUGCGAGUGAACCACCACAGGGGCAGCGGCCGGGCGUCAGAGGGGGCGAUUUUGGGCGGAGACACGUCUCCCGUCAUUCCCGUACCUUCGAAAGAAGCUCGGCAGCCGCGUUCGCAGCUGGUUUGUCACCCGAGGCGGUUCCCGAAGCUGGCUUUAGCGGGGAUAGUGGAAGGCGAGGGUGGUGAGGAGGGUAAGGAGGGGAAGGGCGAGGGGAAGGUGAAGGAAAGCGGAUGGGAGAAGGUGAAGGGGUUGGUGAGGGAGAAGGAAGGGGAGAAGCGAGAUAAGAGGCGGAAUGGGUUGGGGGAGGAGUAUGGAGGGGAGAGGAUCAAAAGGGCUUGGGAGAAAGAGAAAGAGGGGGUGAGGAUGAGUGAGGUCGAGGGUUUUAUACAGAAGCAGAGGGACAAGGGUGGCGGGAUGGAGAAGCAGAAGAAGCGGGAGAAGGAGAAAUCAAGAGAACGAAGCGUUGCAGAGGAGUGGGGAGUGGUGGCUGACAGAAUGAGUGAGUGGGGGGCGGGGAAAAGCAAGGGGAAGGCAGAACCGGUGGGGAGCGGCGAGUGGGAGAAGGAGCGGGAGAGAGGCGCCAAGGCUGGGUUUGCGGAGAGGGAGGCAGAGAGCAGAGCGAAGCUUAAAGAAGGGAAGGAUGCGAGUGGGGGCAUGGCGUGGGGAAGGGCAAGCGAGAGAGGGAGGGAUCACUUGGGAGACUUGGGGAGGAGUAAGGGAAGAGAAGGCGGCAAGGAGGGAGGGUUGGGGGACGAGAGGGAGAAAGGUCGGGCGGUUUCGGAGAGGCCAGAGGGUGAUGAGCGAUACGAAGCGGUUGAGAGAGUCAAGGACAAAGAGAACAUCCGAGGACGACUCAAGGAUGUGGGGGAUAUUGAGAGGGCGGAGAAGAGCAAGCAGGAGGAGCGGAAGAGUGAGAAGGGAAGGGGCAAGGGGCGGGAUAACCACGUGUUAGUAAGGAGCGGAGAGGGUGGAGAGGCAUGGAUGGUCGAGCCGAAGAGAAAAGACAAGUCUGAGGGCUUUGUGGGUGGGAAGCAGCAGCGGGACGGGGUAGGGCCACAUUCGCUAGUGUCACACUCGUUAGUGCCUUCGUUACUGGCUCGUGCUACUGUAGCUCCGCAGGUGGAGGGGAAGCGAUGGCGGAAGAAGGGUAUUGUGGCGGGCCGGGCGCGGAGUGCUGUAGAGCAGGACACUAUAGAGGAUGUGCUCUUAGAGGAUCUUAGGGAUCGUGACACUAAGGAGGGGAUCAGGAAGGAGAAUUCUGCGAAAGGUGCUGAAGGAAAGGAGAAAGGGAAGGUGAAGGGUAAGGGAGAGAAGGAGAAGGAGGAGAGGGAAAGAGAGAGGGAGAGGGAGAGGGAUGCGGAGAGGGGUGUGGUCAAGGGUGUUGGGGAGACUGAUGUGCCUCUCAGCGUGCCUCCCAGUGGUAAUGGUGGCUUGACGGCAAGCUGUAAGCGCAAGCGCAGUGCGGAGAGAAGUUUCUCGGAUGGUUCUGCUGCGGUGCGUGCGGUAUCCUGUCACGCUGGUGGUAACCAUGUGCCGGCUAGUAACGUUGCUCACCCUGGUAACCACAGGCACGGUGGUAACAACGUUCAUGCUGCUGGUAACCACAUGCACGCAGGUAUUCCCGCUCAGGCUAGUAACCAUCCACACGCCUGUAACCACACUGACGCCGCUGGGGCAGAUUUCGCAGUACCAGGAGCAGCAGCAGCAGGUGGGGGUUCGAUGGGAGGAGCAGCAGUGGCAGGAGGGGUGACGGGAGGAGGAGAGCCAAUGGGGGGCGUGGAGCGGAUGGGAAGAGCACCAGUCGUACCCAGGGCGAGAAGCGCAGACGCGUUUACAGCACAGAGGAACGCGGACAGAACAGCAGGGCAUAGGAGCGCGGAUGAAAGUGGGGGCCGCAGGAGUGGGGACGGAUUUGGGGGACCUAUGUCGCCGCCUAGGGUCAGAGUGAAGAAAGCAGAGAGUGGCAGUGGUGGGGGCGAGAGGGAGGCGUUUCGUGCGUGCACGAGUCCCACAGGGCGAGGUGUGGCGCCCAGCAGCACUGCGUCAUCGUGGGGCGAAGGUGAGGCUGCGUGGGUGCUUGAUGCGUGGCUGGUGCUCGGUGCUUGGCUCUGCAAUGGUCCCCCUUCCCUCCCAUCCGCCUGUUCCUGCUGCCCUGCCCCCGUGCCCACAUCCCCCCGUGCCCACAUCCCCCCGUGCCCACAUCCCCCCGUGCCCACAUCCCCCCGUGCCCACAUCCCCCCGUGCCCACAUCCCCCCGUGCCCACAUCCCCCCGUGCCCACAUCCCCCCGUGCCCACAUCCCCCCGUGCCCACAUGCCCCCGUGCCCACAUCCCCCCGUGCCCACAUCCCCCCGUGCCCACAUCCCCUCCCGCUGCUGCUUCUCUCCCCGUGUGCCAACUGCCGACUGCUGCCCCUCUUUCCCCUCCAGGACAUGCGACCAUUAACCACGACGCUCACCACUCUCUUGCCACUGCUCCGCGGCCUUCCGCCCACUGCUCUGUUCCUCUGCCUGCGGAUCCUUCCCCGCAUGCCACUGCUGCGGAAGCAGCAGCCCUGGCUCUAGACAUGUUUGCCGCUGCCGCUGCUGCUGCGGAGGCGGGUGGGCAGGCAAGCAAGGAGGAGGAGGACGAGGGAGGAGGAGAGGGAAGUGACAGCGGUGGUAGCAGCAGCAGCCGCAGCGGCAGCAGGAGACACAGGAAGAAGCAGCGUUGGGGGAAAGAAGGGAGGAGGGAUGGGAGAGAGACGGGUGGGCCUGUGGUGGAAUCUACACCGUUGGAUCGGCUCGCGUUACUUUCAGAUGCACAGCCACGUGUCCAUGAGGAUUCGCUAGGGCGGCAGAGAGCAGCGUGGGUGGAGGCCAGAGAGGAGGGGCGGAGUGGCGCUGGGGAUGGCACGGGCACGGCACUGGUUCAGCUAAGUGCGGGUGUUGCUCAGUUGAGUGCUGGCGGGGAAGCUAGUUCCCAUGCUGCUUGGAGCUCAGGUGUUGGCGUUGCGGGUGGUAAUGCAAUACAAGUAGAAGAGGAAGGACGAGGAGCAACAAGAGAAGGAGCAGGAGCAGUAGGAGGAGGAGGAGGAGGAGGAGGAGGAGGAGGAGGAGGAGGAGGAGGAGGAGGAGGAGGAGGAGGAGGAGGAGGAGGAGGAGGAGGAGGAGGAGCAGGAGCAGGAGUAGGAGGAGAGGUUGUGAACGAGGAGCGUAGAAGUGACGAAGACAAAUGUCUGUCUGGGCUAGACCUCAUAGCAGCAGAGGCAGCGGAGGUGCUUGCAGUGAGGCUGCUUGUAUCGGGUAUGCAGCCCGAGCGGGCGGCAAGCCCGUCUUUAGCGGCGCUAGUAGAAGCAGCGAUGCUGCCUUGUAGGGGGGACAGCAGGGCAGGAGACAGGGAGACUAGCGGGAGGGAGGAUUUAGAAAGGGAGGAUAUAGGGUUGGCGCAUAUAGGUAGGGUGGAUACAGCAGAAGGUGUGGGUGGGGGGUGUGGCGCGAGUCAGGGCGCAAUGCAGCAUGAGGAGAGGCCGAGGGGUGAGGUGGGGCGAGCAGUGGGGUGGGAUAUGGAGAAGGCUGCUGGGCUGGGGCAGGCGGAGUGGGAUUCAGAGACAGCGGGCACAGAGAGGCAUGCAGGGGCGGUGCAGGAGUUGGGGGAGAGAGGGGUUGGGGUUUUGGAGACAGGGGUUGGUUGGCAUGGAUUGCAGGUGUGGUUCGAAGGAGGGUCACAUGGAAGGUUGCAAGGGGAAGGGUUACAGCAAGGGCGGUUACAACAGGAAGAGUUACAACCAGAAGGGUUGCAACAGAAAGGGUUACAAGGGGAAGGGUUGCAAAAGGAAGGGCCAGCACAAGGGAAGGCGUUGCAGGAGGCGUUGCAGGAGGCGUGGAGGCCGAAGCCGAGGAUAGUGGACUUGAACGAGCCGUGGCGAGAGGAGGACGAGGAGGAGGCUGAGGUGGUGGUGGGAGAGGCGGUGGAGAGUGCAGCAACGGACCGAACUUCCCCCUCGCAUGCAGCAGUGCUCCCAGCAGCGGUAGCUACAGCUGUUACAGCGGCUAAAGCUGUUGCAGCUGCCACGGUUGCUACAGCCCCGGUGCCUCACGGGGCACCAUUGCUGCCAGCAGCAGCGGCUCUUGCGCCUGCAGCAGCCAGCGCACGUGCUGCGGAGCUAGAGGCCGCUCACCCACGCCCAGCAGCCGCCACAGCGCCUGCUGACAGCCCACGUGCCGGGGAAUCUGAGCCUUCGCCCCCACAGCCAACAGCCGUCACGGUGGUGCCUGCAGCUGGUGCAGGCUGUGAGGCGGCUUCGAGUGCUCCUCCCGCGUCACUGGCAGCAGCCGCGGUAGCAGCACCACUUCUACCUCACGCUGCACGUCUGCACCUGGUGGGGGCGGAUGAGCAGGAGUGCGCGGGUCCCAGCGCCCCUCUCCUGGUGUCGUGCAGCUCUGCAGGCGCAGGCCCGGAUGAUGAUGGCCUUCAUAGUGCAGGCAUGCGGGAGAAGGGGGGAGUUACGGAGAAGCAGUGGCGGGCGGAGGGGUUGUGGGGCGCAGGAGAGGAGAAGGAGAGGAAUGCUGAGCGAAGUGAGGUGAAGGCAGAGAUUGGAGAGAUGGGGGCGAUAGGGGCCAAGGGAGCGCAGGGGGGGAAUGGGACGGAGGAGGAGGAGGUGAAGGAGGGGAAGGGAGGUGCAGGUGAGAGGGUAGUGGUUGAGCAGGAGGGUGGGGCGAAGGCCGACGUGGUUAAAUGGGAGGAAGGAACGGCCAAGUCGGAGAGUGGGAUGAUUAGGGAUGGGAGGAUGGGAGAGGGGAGGAUGGGAAAGGCAAGGAUGAAAGAGGAGGCAGUGGAGGAGGAGGUGAGGGGUGAGAGAGGAGAGGGAGCGGUGAGAGAAGAGGGGAUGGUGAGGGAGGGUGGUAUAGCGAGAGAAGAGGGUAUGGAGAGGGAGGAGGGCUUGGUGUGUUGGAACGAUGAUGCGCUGUCAGAUGUGAGUGAGGAUGCUGAUGCCGAAGCUAAUGCCGAAGCUGUUGCCGAAGCUGAUGCCGAAGCUGAUGGCAUGGGCGCUGGAGGCUCUGCUGCUGCACUCAGGGAGGGCAGGUUCGGUGAGGAGAGGAGGCGUGAUGGUGGUGCUGUUGGGGAGGGUGUGGAGGAGCAUGGCAAGAGCAGCUUCGGCUCCAGGUUCGGCUGCAUCUGCUCUAGGUUCGGCAAGCAAGGGGCUUUCAUCCCCAGGUUCAACAAGUAA